ACAAGUAUGAAUUCAGUAAGUUUGCUUAAAAUCUGAGAACAUUCCGCAUGUCUGCGGAACUCUAGAAGUCUAGCGUUCUUUCUGCCAUACAGUAUUUCUGUUACACAAGAGAGGUAUCCAAGAUGGCGCCGGCCGUAAUACAAACAUGCCAUGUCGCAUGUUGUCCAAAUCGAAGUCCUAAUGUUGUAUCUUGGAGUAAAAGAGGCCUGAUUGCUUUUGGGACAUGCCAUUCAGUGGCCCUGUAUGAUCCUCUGGAGAGAACCGCAGUUACCAUUCUGAACGGACACACUUCUCGGGUGAAUGCUGUCAAGUGGGUGCACAGAGAGGAUUGUGGUCCCGAAACAGAGUUGGUGUCAGGAAGCUCAGAUAAUAGCGUGAUCCUCUGGACGAAUGUGGACGGGCAGUACCCAUCCUCAGUAAAAUGUAUUGGACACACUGGUCCAGUUUGUGCUGUGGAUGCUGUACCCCUGGAUGCCUCCCAGUUGCUCAUCGUCUCUACAGCUUCAGACUCCACAGUGAAGCUAUGGCUACGAGGUGAUGGUGGUAAAGUGGAAUGCCUGCAGACGCUAUCUUUUGGGAGUGGCUUCAUGAUGGAUGUCUCCUUGGCACUGUUGCCAGGCAGCGGAGUACCCAUUCUGGCCUGCGGGGGGGACGACAGCAAGGUUCACAUUUAUAUCCGGCAUAAUGAACAGUUCCAGAGAGUGUUGUCUCUGCAAGGUCACGAGGACUGGAUCCGCGGCGUGGAGUGGGCAGCCAGAGAUGGGGAGCUCCUGUUGGCCAGCUGUGCUCAGGACUGCUCGAUCCGUCUGUGGAAGCUCUUUGCCAAGGCCCCGCCCGAGGAGCACAUCGGCCCGGGUGAACCUGCCCUCCGGCUGAAGGAGGACGUCUUUGAAGUGGCACAGAACGGCACUUCCUCAGUCUUUGCCAUGUCUCUGGAGACCGUGCUGGCUGGCCAUGAGAACUGGGUCUAUGGUGUUCACUGGCAUCCAUCAUACAUCAAAGAUGGGAAAGUGCAACAGCCACUGAGCCUGCUCUCAGCCUCCAUGGACAAGACCAUGAUCCUUUGGGGCCCAGAGGAGGACUCGGGGGUGUGGGUAGAGCAGGUGCGGGUCGGUGAGGUCGGGGGGAAUACCCUGGGUUUCUAUGGCUGCCAGAUGAGUCCGGACGGGUCCAUGAUCCUGGCACACGCCUUUCAUGGAGCGCUCCACCUGUGGCACCGGAACCAGAACCAGGAGCAGGCCGAGUGGAGCCCAGCUGUGGUCAUCUCCGGCCACUUUAACGCAGUGCAGGACCUCAGCUGGGACCCGGAGGGGGAGUUUGUGCUGAGCGUGGGCUCGGACCAGACCACUCGACUCUUCACGCCCUGGAAGAGGAAGGGCUGCACCCAGCCCACCUGGCAUGAGAUCUGCCGCCCCCAGAUCCACGGCUACGACAUGCAGUGUCUGGCCCCGGUGGGCCGCUUCCAGUUCGUCUCGGGCGCCGACGAGAAGGUGCUGCGCGUGUUCCGCGCCCCCCGGAACUUUGUGGAGAACUUCGCCAACAUCUCCGCCACCCCUCUGGAGCUGCUUCUGGCCUCCAACGACACUGCGGAUCUACCAGAGGGGGCAAGCACACCUGCGCUAGGCCUGUCAAACAAAGCUGUGUUUCAAGGUGACCUGAUAUCCCAGACUGGCAAGGAGGGGGAUGGCAAUUACAACAGUGUCUCUGACCAAUACAAGGAGUCUCAUUUCCAACCUCUCACUCUCAAGGCGCCGCCGCCAGAGGACCACCUUCUCCAGAACACUCUAUGGCCAGAGGUCCAGAAACUGUACGGCCACGGCUUUGAGCUCUUCUGCCUGGCGUCGGAUGCGGCAAGGACGCUCGUAGCCUCCGCCUGCAAGGCAACUAAGGCGGAGCACGCAUCCAUUCUGCUCUGGAGCGCCUCCUCCUGGCGACAGCUGCAAUCUCUGCCGUGCCACAGCCUCACAGUCACGCAGAUGGCCUUCUCCCCCGACUCCCGCCUCCUGCUCGCCGUCUCGCGUGACCGCACCUGGUCGCUAUGGAGACGCCAGGAUCCCGCCCCCGACAGCACAGAGCCACUUUUCUCUCUCUACGCAAACACCAGCAAGAAUACAGCGGUACACACGCGCAUCAUCUGGUCCUGUGACUGGAGCUUUGACAACAAGUACUUUGUCACAUCAAGUCGGGACAAGAAGGUAAUAGUGUGGGGUCACGCCGCCUCGGGUGACGUUGUGGGCCAGGGCGCUGACCCCAUCAGGCCCUGCUCAUCCGUGCUGGACGUGGGCGACUCGGCCACAGCUGUGGCCUUCUGCCCCUUCCCCUGCCCCGACAACAGCUACCUGCUGGCAGUGGGGUUGGAGAGUGGUCAAAUCCUGCUCUAUAAGUGGAGGCCGGGAGCGGACGAGAUACCCACAGACGGAGACUGGAGCAAGGGUGGAGAGACAGACGCCUCCCAGAGUCACACGCUGCUGGUGAAGCGUCUGCGCUGGAGGCCCAGGGCUGGGUGGGCAGGCCAGGCGGGGCAGGGUCCUGAGGAGGAGGAGGAGGCCGCCGCCGCCGCCUGUGUGCAGCUGGCCAGCGCAGGAGACGACCACGCUGUCAAAAUCUUCAAUGUUAACCGACAGGCUCUGGAACAGCAGGGUAUGAGCAGUGGCUGAGAUGCGCGCCAUCACACGCACACACAUAUAUGUAUCUCCCUAUCUUUCUCCCUCUCUCUCUGCCCAUCUUUCUCUUACACACACACACACACACACACACACUCACUCACACACACACACACACACACACACACACACACACACACUCACUCACACAAUCCCCACUGAGGUGACGUCGGCCAGGGCACUGACCCCAUCAGGCCCUACUCAUCCGUGCUGGACGUGGGCGACUCAGCCACAGCUGUGGCCUUCUGCCCCUUCCCUUGCCCCGACAACAGGUACAGAACAACCCCCUCACAGACGCUGCCUGUCUGUUCCCAGUCACCAAUGGAACAUUGCUCCCCUGUUAAAGCAUGCUGCUGUUUGAGACCUGACGCAUGGAUGACACAGAGCUGCAAACGGCUAUCGUGUGUGUGUGUGGCUAAACAUGGCUGUAAUGCCCUUUCCACGUAAAACCUUUUGCUGGAAAUCAAAUUUGACUGUCAUAAAUCUGCCAUCUCCUAUAUCUGCAAUAGAGAAGUGGAGCUACAGAAAGGAGAAUUAUAUCAGUGCAUCACGUAGGGCCUCGGGCUGAAUGGCUAGGCGUUUUGAAUAUGUCUAUAAUGCACUUCAGACGUUGCCCCAAAGCAUUUUUUGUUGCCUGUUUCCAAACAGCUUCAUAGUCUCAACAAGCGUUUUAUAUAUAUAUAUAUAUAUAUAUAUAUAUACAAACACAAACACAAGUGUACUUUCUGUAUAUGUAAAAAAAAAAAAAAAUUGUAUAUAAAGCUCUUGUCAGGAGUGUUGUUUUAAUAUUGUAAUAAAUGGCAUUUUCUAUUC